AUGACAAUCCGGAGUGCAGCCACCACAUGUCAGACCAUCCUCUCCCCAUCUUACUCUCCUCCGACCGUCAGCAGCGGGUGGACAGCAUCUCUCGCUGCAUCUGGUCUCUCGAAACCGAGGACUAUAGUCUUUGAUGAAUCGGGGGCGCUUCUAGUUUUGGAAAAUGGUGUGGGAAUCAAGCGCAUCACUUUCACGAAUCAGAGUGACUCGUGUCUAACAGCCGAGACUGCUGUUGUGAUCGUGAAUGAGACAAGCUUGAACCAUGGGCUGGUGCUGUCCAAUGACGGAACGACCAUCUAUGCUUCAAAUGCGUCGUCAGUUCUUGCAUGGCCUUACAACUCAAGCAGCGGGUCCGUGACAGGACUUUCAACGACUGUCGUCUCGGGCAUGACGAGUGACAACCAGGUUACCCGUACUCUGCUUGUAUCUCAACUUGAGCCAGACAUGCUCAUCGUCUCCAGGGGAAGCGAUGAGAGAUACGAGGCUGUCUCUCAGUCCAGUGGCCUAGGCCAGAUCAAAGCCUUCAAUUUGACAGAACUUUUGACAUCGGCAGACUCGUUCGACUUCGAUUCAACAGGCCGGCUGCUGGGCUGGGGGCUGUUCAACGCGGUUGGCAUCGGAGAACACCCGUUGACGGGCGGCAUAUUCGCCAUGGACAAUGGCGCCGACGAUAUGACCAGAGAUGGAUCCGAUAUUCACCAAAGUAAUCCUGGAGACGAGUUGAAUUUUCACGGCUUUCUCAACGGCACAACCUCGAUCUCUGGGGCUGAGGAACAACAGGGUGCCAAUUAUGGCUAUCCCGAUUGCGCGGCGGCCUGGAAUACCACGAUCCCAGAUUCCCCGGUUGAUUUUCAGGUUGGUGAGCAGUUCAGUGUCGGAAACAGCACGGUCAACGACACUAUAUGCCAGACUGAAUUUGUGGCGCCCAAACUCACCUUUAAGCCCCAUCAAACCCCACUGGAUAUCCUAUUCUCGGCAGACGGAGCCGGUGCAUACAUCUCCUUCCACGGCUCCACAGACGAGACGAAUCCAGUAGGCUAUCUUGUCGGCCAAGUCACUUUUGACCCCGUCACCGGCCAGCCCACCGAGAGCUCGGACAGCACGACCGCCCUCUCUGAUAUCAUCCGGAACUCAGAUGAUGCAGAUUGUCCCUCAUCAUGUAUGAGGCCGGUCGGGCUCGCGGUGGACCGUCAAGGCAGGCUAUACUUUUCCUCGGACACCACGGGUGAGAUUUACGUUCUUGUCAAUUCCACUUCAACAGGCUCGCAGGGUGGGCAAGAGGACGGCUUGACAGGGCACAACCUGUCAAAUGAGGUUCACGGUGAUUCGGCCGAUCGCAAGGUUGAUGGGAUCCCGUUGACGGAUCGAGGAAGCUGGGGAAACCAGCAAGAGCACAAGAAGAAUGUUUUCCGCGAUGAAGUGCAGAGACAAGAGCAGCAGCGGGUCUAUAGCUAAGAUGGUACAGUUAGCAAUACUAAGAGUCAAGUGUGCGAAAAGGCUUGGAAGAGAGAUUUGGUAAUCCUGAAUACAUCCAUUUUUCAUG